AUGUCCGAUUCCAACGCAAUUAUCGCAAGAUUUCUAGAGUGGCAAAGUUCUCAAGCUUCACCUACCCCUACCCUUACCUCUACCCCUGCCCCUACGCCUAUUCGUACGCCUGCGCAGGUCAAUACUCAGGCCCUUCAGCUGACAGGGUAUGAAGCUGCUACAAGGUCUUACGGGGCUGGGUCCCAGGCGAGAAACCAGCAAAUUGGUCGAGCUCCGGCGCCAGCGCCUACCCCACCACAAAUCAAGUUGGUAACAUAUGUCUAUCUUUGGGAGCGUGGUGGACCAAUUACGCAAAUUAGAGAGGUCGUUUUGAACCCCGACUUUCCUCCCGAAUUCAUCGUCCAAAAUACACGUCAAUUUGUCGAAUUCGACAUAUUGACCCCCACCAAUGUCGCGCUGCUGGAGAGGAAGGGGUAUAACCCGACUUUGGAUGAAUUCGACGGGUAUUUACUUGCGAGGGACGUCAAAACGGCCAAUAACCGAGAUCCUACAGCAUUUAUGGUUGAAUGUCGCCCAAAUACGCCCCUCCAGGAGUUUUGUGACCAUGAUUUGGGCCUUGUUAAAGGAUUUAAGGACCGUUGGACCCUUCAUGUGAUAAUAUCACAGCAUUCAGAUACUACUCUUACCGCCCCGGUAGCCCCCGCAGCCCUUACAGCCCCAGUAGCCCCCAUAGCCCCAGCAGCCCCCGUAGCCCCAGUGGUUACUGAGCUCUACGAAGACCGUCUCUGGUCAUCUCCGCCUGCCUACAGCGAUACCGAGAACCUCGAGAUCCCCGAUCUUGCCCCUGAGGCCCCUACAGCAGCGCCAGCAGGGCGUCCAACACGGUCAAGAAGAAGAAGGAGAGAUACCCCUGAGCUUGUAAGCCAGCGUACCAGUAGACGCAGGCGCUUUUGA